UACAUCGCGCUUAUCUGUUGUGUCUGGUUUGAGUGAACUAAACCAAGGCUUUUUGGGUGAAAGUAAAGAGCAGAUAUUCAAAACCAUAAAACAGACCGUUUACAAUCUAUAUUUUCAUGUGGCUUUUAAUGACAUUUCUGAAGAAUUUGUUAAUGAUGAUAUUAUGUUCUUUCUCCGAGAUACAAGAGAAACAGUUACUGAACCUAAUGAUAUGAAUGAAGCUAAUGAAACUCUGCCUGAAUUGCUAGAAUGUGGCAUCCUGAAUGGUCACACUCUUUUGAUGCUGAAACAUAUUUUCUCACAGGUUUUUUUGCCUGCUUUGUCCCAUAAUCAGCAAAAAGCUGAGGGGUCUGCCUUUCAUCCAGACACUGAAAAGUCAGAUGCUGAAGACAAGCAUUUAACUGAAGCUGAACCUCUUGAAAAAAAGAAAGAGCAAUCUGUGGAAUUUCACAGUUUUCAUAUUAUAAGGAAUGAGUUCUUAAUGAAUAUGCAGAAAUUUCUAAGUCAUAUUCAAAGGACGAUACAACAGAUUGAAGGAGAAAUUAAAUUGGAGAUGCCCACUAUAAAUCUAGAUGCAGAAGUGAGUGAACUUGCCACAGAUCCAGAAGUGGUUGAAACAUUAGAGCACUGUGGAAUGACCUGGAUAACGUUAAUAUCCACAGCUGUUGAAGAACAACUCAGAAAGAUCCCACAGGGUAAUGGUCCACUAGCUGAAAUUGAUCUGUGGCGUGAAAGAAAUGCUACCUUAAGUGCUCUCACUGAACAGAUAAAGCUCCCAUUAGUGAAAAAAGUAUUAGCAAUACUAAAGGAAUCUGAAUCUGGACUUCUUGAAAAUUUGCAGAUAGUCAUAACUGAUCUUAGCAGGCACCAUGUGGAAGCUGUAGAUAAUGUUAGGUUUCUUUCAACGCUGGAGCGCCAUUUGAAGAAUUUAACUCAUGGAACUGGCUUUAACAUUGUCUUGGAUACAAUUCCUUCAAUGAUGAAUGCAUUAAGAAUGGUGUGGAUUAUCUCACGGCAUUACAACAAGGAUGAGCGGAUGAUUCCCCUCAUGGAAAGAAUUGCAUGGGAAAUUACAGCAAGAAUCUGCAAAGUUGUGGAUUUACGUACUUUGUUUAAAGAAGAUAGAAGCAUUACAAAAACUAAAUUGGUGGAAGCCAAAGGCACUCUUGAAAUAUGGAAAAAAUCCUAUUUUGAUACUCGUGCCCAAAUUGAAGCCUCGGGAAGAGAGCAACGAUGGGAAUUUGACCGAAAACGUCUAUUUGAAAAAACAGAUUAUAUGACUUCAAUAUGUCAAGAUCUAUAUGAUAUUGUGCAGGUUAUUGAAGAGUUCUACAAUAUAUUUGGUCCUGAAUUGAAAGCUGUCACUGGAGAUCCAAAGCGUAUUGAUGAUGUAUUGCGAAGGGUUGAUGGUCUGAUUAGUCCUAUGGAAGUGCUGACUUUUGACCCUUUUAGCAUCAAAUGUGCAUCUCAGUGGAAAUUUGUUAUGGAAGAUUUUAAAUCAGAAGUGCUGGUUAUAGAAAAGGAGGCCAAGAACUUUAUUGAUGAGUCCUUUAAGACCCUUCGAUCAGCAGAAGCUGCUUUUGACAUGCUCCUAAACUUUAAACACAUCCGCUCUCGGGAAGCCAUCAAUAGACAGAUGAUGAUGAAAUUCAAUGAUAUUCUGGCACAGUAUUGUAAAGAGGUAGACAUAGUUAAUAAGAUCUUCAUCCAAAACCUCAGUAAUCCACCCCUAUACAAGAAUCAUCCUCCAAUGGCUGGAGCAAUAUAUUGGUCCCGAUCCCUUUUCCAUCGAAUCAAACACACUGUUAUUCGAUUUCAAGAAGUUGAGGAGUUGCUGGCUAGUGAGCGUGGGAAGGAAGUAAAACAAAAGUAUCUGGAAGUGGCUAAGAGAAUGAAAGAAUAUGAAGAUUUGAAAUAUGAUCAUUGGAGAGACUGGACAGAACAGAUGCUCCCUGUACUACUGAAAAAAACCCUGCUUGCUAAAGUCCAUUCCUCUGGGACCGUAGUCCAAGCUAAUACAGAGUCCGCUGAUCAGAGCCCACGUUCUGAAGAGGCUGACACCGGGGAGAAGUGGAGCCAUUUCACAGUCAAUUUUUCUCCCAAACUCCAAGAGGUUAUCAAUGAAACAAAAUACAUGGAGCAGCUGGGGUUUCCAAUACCUGAAAUAGCAAGGAACGUGGCACUACAAGAAGACAAAUUUCUUAGAUACACAGAUGGAAUGAAACAGAUGCUGGAGCACUAUCACAAAUUAAUGGAAACACUAAAUGAGGCAGAAAUCCAGCUUCUCGAUGACCACAUUCAAGAGCUUUGGAGAGUAUUUAGAUCAGGGUAUAAGAGACUCAACUGGAACUCCUUAGGAGUGAAGGAAUUUUUUGAGUAUAUUAAGCGCGAAAGAUCUAAAGACGUGGAACACAUUGUUAGAAAGUAUGCUGCCAUUGGACCUCUGCUAACAAAAAUGGAAGGGCUGGUUGCCAACACAAACACUGGCAAAGCUGUAAAACUAGUGUCAUAUUAUGCAUUUUGGGAAAAUAAAAUUUAUCAUACAUUGACACAGUUAGUGCUGAAGAAUUUGCAGACUUUUAAUGCAGCAGUUCUUCGUGAUGUCCCACUGUUCCAAACAGAAACAAUUUUAUCGGCUCCUGAGAUAAUCCUACAUCCUAAUGCCAGUGAAAUUGACAAAAUGAGUGUUCAUUGUAUCAGAGACUGUGUUGAAGUUACUAAGCAUUUUGUACGUUGGAUGCAUGGCACCUGUAUUGACUGCCCCCCUCAGCAUGCUGAAGAAGAUGAACUCGUCACUUUGAGUUUUUUUAAUGACAUCUCUCAGAACCCGUUAAUAAUUGAACAGGCUGUUCUCAUCACUCAAAACAUACACAAGCUUCUGAAUUCUCUCUCCAAGUACUUGAAUCGUUGGAAGAGAUAUCGCCCUCUUUGGAAAUUAGAUAAAGCCAUUGUUAUGGAGAAGUUUGCUGCAAGGAAACCAGCCUGUGUCACCUUUGAUGAAAAGUUGCAGUUCUAUAUUAAGAUAGCUCAGGAAGUGACUCAACAACCCUUGAUGAAAGAUGAACAGUGCAUUAGGCUUAAUGUGGGCCCUUUAGCCUAUACAGUACAGGAAAAUGCAAAAGGUUGGGUGAAUUCUCUUGGAAAACUUCUCAAUGAAUCUGCAAAAGAGGAACUCUUCAAUCUUCAAGAAGAAAUUGAGAGAUUAUCACAGAAUCUUAGGAAAACUCCCGAUUCUUUGGAAGAUCUCAAAUUUGUCCUUGCUACAAUUGCAGAGAUAAAAGAUAUGUCUUUACAGGUAGAAUUAAAAUAUUUAGACAUUCAGGAGAGAUACCGUACCCUUGCAGUAUACAACAUUCCGACAACUGAAGAAGAGAGAGGAAUGGUUGAUAAUAUUAAGAAAAAGUGGGAGACCCUCUUAUUUGAUGCAUCAGAAGUUGAUCACAGCCUGGGAAGCAUAAAAAAGACAUUCACGGAGAUUACGAGGGAGCAGAUUGGAGACUACAGUAGCCAGAUAGCAGAUUUUUUCCACAGAUUUACUACUGAAGGGCCUGGUGCCGUUGGAGAGAAUCUUGACAAAGGUUUGGAGCUCUUAGAUGUUUUUGACAAAGAACUGGAAACACAUGAGAAGAAUCGUCAGGAAUUGGCUAAUGCUGAGAAACUUUUUGACCUUCCAAUCACAAUGUACCCUGACUUACUAAAAAUGCAGAAGGAUAUGAAGGGUCUAAAGCAGAUCUAUGAAAUUUAUAAAUUACAAAGAGCUGCUAAAGAGGAAUGGUCACAGACUCUCUGGAUAAAUCUCAAUGUGCAGUUUCUCCAAGAGGGUAUUGAAGGAUUUCUUAAAAGUCUCCGAAAGCUGCCUAGGCAAGUGCGCAGUGUGCCAGUGGCUUAUCACCUGGAAGCAAAGAUGAAGGCAUUCAAGGACUCCAUUCCUUUGCUGCUUGAUUUGAAAAAUGAAGCAUUGAGAGAAAGGCAUUGGAAAGAUCUUAUGGAGAGAACUGGCACUAGUUUUGAAAUGACAACAGCAACUUUCACUUUGGAGAAUAUGUUUGCUAUGGAGUUGCACAAACACUCAGAUGUUAUCAAUGAGAUAGUGGGAUCUGCUGUUAAAGAACUUAGCAUUGAGAAGGGUGUUAAGGAUAUAGUGGAAACUUGGGAGAACAUGAAAUUUACAGUCCAAAGAUAUUUCAAAGGCACUCAAGAGAGAGGCUUUAUUUUGGGAUCUGUUGAUGAAAUUACUCAGAUUCUUGAUGACAAUGCUGUCAAUCUUCAGAGUAUCUCAGGCAGUCGAUUUGUAGGUCCUUUUCUGUCAACUGUUCACCACUGGGAAAAAACUCUGUCUUUGAUUGGUGAAGUUAUUGAGGUCUGGAUGGUGGUGCAGAGGAAAUGGAUGUACCUUGAGAGCAUUUUUAUUGGUGGGGAUAUAAGAUCACAGCUUCCAGAGGAAGCAAAAAAAUUUGACAAUAUAGACAGGAUAUUUAAAAAGAUAAUGGGUGACACUGUAAAAGACCCAGUGAUAAAAAAAUGCUGUGAAGCCCCAAAUCGACUCAGUGACCUCCAGCAGAUAAGUGAUGGUCUAGAGAAAUGUCAGAAAAGCUUGAAUGAUUAUCUGGAUUCAAAGCGGAAUGCUUUCCCCCGAUUUUUCUUUAUAUCAGAUGAUGAGUUGCUUAGCAUUCUUGGUAGUAGUGACCCUCUCUGUGUUCAGGAACACAUGAUAAAGAUGUAUGAUAAUAUAGCAUCCCUGAGAUUUGAAGAGGGUGAUAGUGGUGAAAAAAUAGCAACAGCCAUGAUUUCAGCUGAAGGAGAAGUGAUGGAGUUCCGGCGGGCCAUUGCAGCAGAAGGCCGAGUUGAGAACUGGAUGACAUCUGUUUUGGUUGAAAUGAGAAGGACAAACAGACUCAUUACUAAAGAAGCCAUUUUUCACUGUGAAGAUAGAAGCAGAGUUGACUGGAUGUUGAUGUUUGAAGGCAUGAUGGUGCUGGCUGCUAAUCAGGUCUGGUGGACUUGGGAGGUGGAGGACGUUUUUCAUAAAGUGAAGAAAGGAGAAAAGCAGGCAAUGAAACUUUAUGCCAAGAGAAUGCAUGAGCAGAUUGAUGCCUUGGUUACCCGAAUCACAAAACCAUUGAAUAGAAAUGACAGAAAAAAAUAUAAUACUGUUCUCAUCAUAGAUGUCCAUGCCAGAGAUAUUGUUGAUACAUUUGUAAGAGACAGUAUCAUGGAAGCUCGAGAGUUUGAAUGGGAAAGUCAGCUGCGUUUUUACUGGGAUCGAGAGCCGGAUGACCUGAAUGUGCGACAGUGCACUGGCACCUUUUCCUAUGGUUAUGAAUAUAUGGGCUUGAAUGGAAGAUUAGUUAUUACUCCCCUUACAGAUCGUAUCUAUCUAACGCUCACACAGGCUCUAUCUAUGUUUUUGGGAGGAGCACCUGCAGGGCCAGCAGGUACAGGGAAAACAGAGACAACCAAGGAUCUGGCCAAAGCCCUGGGCUUGCUGUGUGUUGUAACAAACUGCGGUGAAGGCAUGGAUUUCAAGGCAGUUGGUAAAAUAUUUUCCGGUCUUGCCCAAUGCGGGGCAUGGGGAUGCUUUGACGAAUUUAAUCGCAUAGAUGCUUCAGUACUUUCAGUCAUCUCUUCUCAGAUCCAGACAAUUCGAAAUGCUCUAAUGAAUCAAUUGAAAACAUUUCAGUUUGAAGGGCAAGAAAUUUCUCUAGAUCCACGAAUGGGCAUUUUUAUCACCAUGAAUCCUGGGUAUGCGGGCCGUACUGAACUCCCUGAGUCUGUAAAAGCUUUAUUCAGGCCUGUGGUUGUGAUUGUGCCAGAUCUCCAGCAAAUCUGUGAAAUCAGCCUCUUUUCUGAAGGAGUGUGGAUUGGGACUUCUUUUUUAUAAUACUGUUUAUUCACUCUCAAAUAGGCCCUUGCUAAAAAGAUGACAGUGUUAUACAAAUUGGCAAGAGAGCAACUUUCAAAACAGCAUCAUUAUGAUUUUGGACUGCGUGCUCUCAAGUCAGUACUAGUGAUGGCUGGAGAACUGAAGAGAGGAUCACCAGAUCUUCACGAGGAUGUGGUAUUGAUGAGAGCACUCCGCGAUAUGAAUCUUCCUAAGUUUGUGUUUGAAGAUGUACCUCUCUUCCUUGGCUUGAUCUCUGACCUGUUCCCUGGCCUGGAUUGCCCCCGAGUCCGCUACCCCAACUUCAAUGAUGCAGUAGAACAAGUGCUGGAAGAAGCUGGCUAUGUCGUUUUACCAAUCCAGGUGGAUAAAGUAGUUCAGAUGUAUGAGACAAUGUUAACUCGUCAUACUACUAUGGUGGUUGGACCUACUGGAGGUGGCAAGUCUGUUGUCAUUAAUACUUUGUGCCAGGCUCAAACCAGGCUAGGAUUAUUGACAAAGAUUUAUAUGCUGAACCCCAAAGCCAUGAGUGUGAUUGAGCUGUAUGGCAUUCUUGACCCUGUCACACGAGAUUGGACAGAUGGAGUUCUCUCUAAUAUCUUCAGAGAAAUUAAUAAACCUACUGACAAGAAAGAGCGAAGGUACAUUUUAUUUGAUGGAGAUGUGGAUGCUCUCUGGGUGGAGAAUAUGAAUUCCGUAAUGGAUGAUAACAAGUUGUUAACCUUGGCCAAUGGGGAGCGCAUAAGGCUGCAGGCUCACUGUGCUCUAUUAUUUGAGGUUGGAGACUUACAAUAUGCAUCUCCUGCUACCGUAUCCCGUUGUGGGAUGGUCUUCGUAGAUCCUAAAAACUUGAAGUAUAAGCCCUACUGGCAGAAGUGGCUUAAUCAGAGAGGAAACCAGCAGGAACAAGUUGAGUUAAAUCGUCUCUUUGAAAAAUAUGUACCAUACCUUAUUGAUAUGAUUGUAGAAGGAAUUGUGGAUGGCAAGCAAGGAGAGAAACUGAAAACCAUUGUUCCCCAAACAGAUUUAAAUAUGAUUAUGCAGUUGACUAUGAUGCUGGAAGCCAUAGUAGUUCUGGAACCCGAUGAUCCUGAUGUUCUGGAGUGCUACUUUCUGGAAGCUUUGUACUCUUCUUUGGGUGCUACCCUCCUUGAUGCCGGAAGAAUUAAAUUUGAUGAAUGUAUUAAACGUAUUUCCUCAAUGUCAACUGUUCAAGAUGAAAAUGUCAUGGCUAAGCCUGGGGAACUGCCGGGCCAGCUUCCAACUUUGUAUGACUUUCAUUUUGAUGGAUAUCAAAAAAAGUGGGUACCUUGGAGCCAACUAGUCCCUCAAUACUUUCAUAAAUUUGAUGUGAGAUUUAUUGACAUUCUUGUUCCUACUUUAGAUACAACACGCACUACAUGGUUAUUAGACCAGAUGGUAAAAAUCAAACACCCGGUUGUUCUUGUUGGUGAAUCUGGUACUUCUAAGACUGCGACUACACAAACAUUUCUAAGAAACCUAAACCAAGACACUAAUGUGUUGCUAAUAAUUAACUUCUCUUCUCGUACAACAUCAAUGGAUAUUCAAAGAAACUUAGAAGCAAAUGUAGAGAAACGUACAAAGGAUACUUAUGGACCUCCUAUGGGAAAGCGCCUCCUGGUUUUCAUGGAUGAUAUGAACAUGCCAAGGGUUGAUGAAUAUGGCACACAGCAACCAAUUGCCUUGUUGAAGUUGCUUUUGGAAAAAGGUUCCUUAUAUGACCGUGGCAAGGAGAUGACUUGUAAGAGUCUUCGAGAUCUUGGCUUUAUUGCUGCCAUGGGCAAAGCUGGAGGAGGUCGUAAUGAAGUUGAUCCUCGAUUCAUUUCGCUCUUCAGUGUUUUCAAUGUACCUUUUCCUUCUGAGGUGUCUUUGCAUUUGAUUUAUGCCUCCAUUCUGAAGGGUCAUACUAAGACUUUUAAUGACUCAAUAGCAGCGAUUACUGACAAGAUGACGUUCUGUACUUUGGAACUGUACAAAGCCAUAGUUCGGGACCUACCCCCAACUCCUUCCAAAUUUCAUUAUAUUUUUAAUUUGCGAGAUCUCUCCAGGGUCUACAAUGGGCUUGUUCUUACAACACCAGAGAGGUUCCAAACAGUCACACAGAUGGUGCGAGUCUGGAGAAAUGAGUGCCUGAGAGUUUUCCAUGACAGAUUGAUCAAUGAAGUAGACAAAAUACUGGUACAAGGGCAUAUACAAGGCUUGAUUCAAGAGCAUUUCAAAGAUGAUUUAGAGCAGGCCAUGAGAGACCCUAUUCUUUUUGGAGACUUCAGAAUGGCACUGAAUGAAGGGGAACCUCGUGUCUAUGAGGACAUACAGGACUAUGAUGCAGCAAAAGCUCUCUUUCAGGAGAUUCUUGAAGAGUACAAUGAAGUUAAUACAAAAAUGAACCUGGUGCUUUUUGAUGAUGCCCUGGAGCAUUUAACCCGUGUGCAUCGCAUCAUACGGAUGGAUCGUGGCCAUGCCCUGCUUGUAGGAGUGGGAGGCUCAGGAAAACAGUCCCUUGCAAGACUGGCCGCAUAUACAGCUGGAUGUGAGGUGUUUGAAAUUGUUCUGAGUCGAGGAUAUGGAGAAAACAAUUUCCGUGAAGACUUGAAAACAUUGUAUAUAAAGCUUGGUAUUGAGAACAAGGCCAUGAUUUUCCUGUUUACAGAUGCCCAUGUGGCAGAAGAAGGUUUUCUGGAACUCAUCAACAAUAUGUUAACUUCAGGAAUUGUACCAGCACUUUUUCCAGAUGAUGAAAAAGACUCUAUACUCAGUCAGAUUGGAGAUGAAGCUAUUAAAGCUGGAGUGGGACCUGCUAAAGAAAGUGUCUGGCAGUAUUUUGUAAAUAAGAGUGCAAACAACCUUCAUAUUGUCCUUGGGAUGUCACCAGUUGGUGAUACCCUGAGAACACGUUGCCGAAAUUUCCCAGGUCUUGUCAACAAUACUGGCAUUGACUGGUUCUUGCCCUGGCCCCCACAAGCCUUAUAUGCCGUUGCCAAGUCCUUUUUAGGGGAAAAUCCAUUGAUCCCAGCAGAGUACUCAGAGUGUGUGAUUGAGCACAUUGUCAUGGUGCAUGAAUCUGUAGGGAACUUCAGUAAAAAAUUCCUACAAAAGUUGAGACGCAGCAACUUUGUUACGCCAAAGAAUUAUCUUGAUUUCAUUAAUACUUACUCAAAAUUGCUGGAAGAGAAAAAUCUGUUCAUUUUAGCACAAUGCAAACGCCUGGAGGGAGGAUUAGAUAAACUGAAGGAAGCUACUGUUCAGCUGGAUGAACUAAAUGAGAAACUUGCAGAGCAGAAAAUUGUAUUAGCUGAAAAAUCAGCUGCCUGUGAGGCCUUGUUACAAGAGAUAGCAACCAACACAACAAUAGCUGAGGAGAAGAAAAAAUUGGCUGAAGAAAAAGCGAUGGAGAUAGAAGAACAAAAUAAGGUCAUUGCUGUGGAAAAGAAGGAUGCAGAGACGGCCCUGGCUGAGGCUAUGCCUAUUUUGGAAGCUGCUAAAUUGGAGCUGCAGAAGCUUGAUAAGUCUGAUGUCACAGAAAUUAGAUCCUUUGCUAAGCCUCCUAAACAGGUGCAGACUGUUUGUGAAUGUAUCCUCAUAAUGAGAGGAUACAAAGAAUUAAACUGGAAGACUGCCAAAGGAAUGAUGUCUGACCCAAAUUUCCUGCGAUCCCUAAUGGAGAUAGAUUUUGAUGGAAUUACUCAGACCCAAGUUAAAUCUGUUAGAGCUCUGUUAAAGAAUCUUAAUACAACAUUUGAAGAAAUGGAAGCUGUUAGCAGAGCAGGAUUGGGAAUGUUAAAAUUUGUCGACGCAGUAAUGAGCUAUUGUGACGUAGCUAAGGAAAUAAGGCCAAAGAGAGAAAAGGUGGCUAGGUUAGAACGCAACUACUACUUAAGUAAACGUGAGCUGGAAAAGAUACAAACAGAGCUGGCAACAAUUCAGAGGGAGCUAAAAGCUUUGGGUGACAAGUAUGAAGCUGCAAUAAAGGAAAAACAACAGUUACAAGAAGAAGCAGAGAUCAUGGAAAGGAGACUUAUUGCUGCUGACAAGCUCAUCUCUGGCUUGGGAUCUGAAAAUAUAAGAUGGACAAAUGACUUGGAGGAGUUAAAAAUACGAAAAGUGAAACUGCUAGGUGACUGUCUGCUUUGUGCUGCUUUUCUGAGCUAUGAAGGGGCUUUCAAUUGGGAAUUCCGCAAUGAUAUGAUAUAUCACGAAUGGCAAGAAGCUAUCCUCUCACGAGAGAUUCCUCUCAGCCAGCCUUUUAGAUUGGAAAGCCUCUUGACUGAUGAUGUAGAGAUCAGCAGGUGGGGUUCCCAAGGUUUACCUCCAGAUGAGCUCUCUGUUCAGAAUGGCAUUUUGACAACUCACCCCCAGCAGCAGGCAUUAAAUUGGAUCAGAAGAAAAGAAGAAAAAAAUAAUCUGAGGAUGGCUUCCUUUAAUGACCCUGAUUUUCUUAAACAACUAGAAAUGGCCAUAAAGUAUGGUAGUCCUUUCUUGUUCCAUGAUGUGGAUGAAUACAUAGAUCCUGUCGUUGACAAUGUCUUAGAAAAGAAUAUAAAAGUUGCCCAGGGGCGAAUUUUUAUCGUGCUGGGAGAUAAGGAAGUGGAUUAUGACCAUAACUUUAAAUUGUAUCUGAACACCAAGCUAGCUAACCCUAAAUAUUCACCAUCUGUGUUUGGAAAAGCCAUGGUUAUUAACUAUACAGUUACACUAAAAGGUCUUGAGGAUCAGCUGCUCAGUGUUAUUGUGGGGUUUGAAAGAAGAGAGCUAGAAGAGCAGAGAGAACAUCUCAUCCAGGAAACCAGUGAGAACAAAAACUUGCUGAAAGAUUUGGAAGACUCUCUCCUCCGGGAAUUGGCAACGUCCACAGGAAACAUGUUGGAUAAUGUGGACUUGGUGCAUACUCUGGAGGAGACAAAAGCCAAAGCAACUGAGGUAUCAGAGAAACUCAAACUGGCUGAGAAGACAGCAGUGGAUAUUGACAAGUUGCGAGAUGGCUACCGACCUGCUGCUAAGAGGGGCGCCAUUUUGUUCUUUGUUUUGUCUGAAAUGGCCCUUGUCAACACCAUGUAUCAAUAUUCUUUGGCCUCCUUUUUAGAUGUAUUUGGGUUUUCACUUCGGAAAUCCAUGCCCAAUUCAAUUCUUCCAAAGAGACUAAAAAAUAUCAUGGAUACAUUGACAUUCAAUAUAUAUAACUAUGGCUGCACAGGGUUGUUUGAGAGACACAAAUUACUCUUUUCCUUUAAUAUGACUAUCAAGAUAGAGCAAGCUGAUGGUAGAGUCCCCCAAGAAGAACUGGAUUUUUUUUUAAAAGGCAAUAUUUCCCUGGAGAAGAGUACACGAAAGAAACCAUAUGCUUGGCUUUUUGAUCAAGGCUGGGAGGACAUAAUUCGCCUCUCUGAACUAUUUCCUGAGGAGUUUGGGUCUCUUCCAGAUGAUGUGGAGAAAAAUCCAGAAGUAUGGAAGGAAUGGUAUGAUCUUGAUGCCCUAGAACAAACAUCAUUUCCUAUGCAAUACCAAAACAGUCUCACGUAUUUUCAGAAGUUGCUGCUUUUACGGUGUUUCCGAGUAGACCGCGUAUAUCGUGCAGUUACUGACUAUGUCACUCUGACAAUGGAUGAGAAAUAUGUUCAGCCUCCAGUGAUCAGCUUUGAAGCUAUCUUUGAGCAGAGCACACCUACCUCGCCCAUUGUUUUUAUCCUAAGUCCUGGCUCUGACCCUGCCAGUGACCUCAUGAAACUGGCUGAUCGGACAGGCUUUGGAGGGAAUCGACUCAAGUUCCUCGCAAUGGGACAAGGACAAGAAAAGGUUGCUCUUCAGUUGCUGGAAAAUGCAGUGGCUGGUGGCUGUCAUCUUUUGGUGAAAUGGCUGAUUGAUUUGGAGAAAGCAUUGGAGAGAAUUACUAAGUCUCAUCCAGAUUUCCGCCUGUGGCUUACUACUGACCCUAUCCAGGGCUUUCCCAUUGGAAUACUUCAGAAGUCUUUAAAGGUUGUAACAGAACCUCCAAAUGGACUGAAACUGAAUAUGCGAGCCACCUACUUCAAAAUUCCCCAUGAAGCCAUUGAGCAAUGCCCACAUGGCGCAUUUAAAUCUCUGGUCUAUGUCUUAGCAUUUUUCCAUGCUGUAGUCCAGGAGAGAAGGAAGUUUGGGAAGAUUGGCUGGAAUGUACCAUAUGAUUUUAAUGAAUCGGAUUUCCAGGUGUGCAUGGAAAUCCUGAAUACGUACUUGACCAAAGCCUACCAGCAAAAUGAUGACAAAAUUCCAUGGGGUAGUCUCAAGUAUCUCAUUGGAGAGGUCAUGUAUGGUGGGCGUGCAAUUGACAGCUUUGAUCGUCGUAUUCUGACCAUAUAUAUGGAUGAGUAUUUAGGGGAUUUCAUAUUUGACACAUUCCAACCAUUCCAUUUUUAUAAAAAUGAUGAAGUUGAUUAUAAAAUCCCAACAGGAGACACAAAGGAUAACUUUGUUGAGGAGUUAGAGUCUCUGCCACUUGCUAAUACCCCAGAGGUGUUUGGUCUUCAUCCUAAUGCUGAAAUUGGAUACUAUACACAGGCUGCUCGAGAUAUGUGGUCUCAUCUACUUGAGCUGCAACCUCAAACAGGGGAAUCUAGUACUGGAAUUAGUCGAGAUGAAUAUAUUGGACAGGUUGCAAAGGACAUAGAAAAUAAGAUACCUCAGAUAUUUGAUCUUGACCAGAUAAGAAAGAUUUUGGGAACAGAAAUUUCACCGACAACAGUUGUACUAUUGCAGGAAUUGGAACGUUUUAACAAACUGAUCAUCCGUAUGUCCAGAUCACUAGCUGAACUACAGAGAGCUUUGGCUGGGGAAGUUGGAAUGAGCAGUGAACUGGAUGAAGUGGCUCGAGCUCUCUUUAAUGGACACAUCCCCAGCAUCUGGAGAAAGCUGGCACCAGACACACUAAAAACACUUGGAAACUGGAUGAUUUACUUUAGGAAUAGGUAUAAUCAGUACACAUCCUGGGUUAAUGAGGGUGAACCAAAUGUUAUGUGGCUCUCAGGACUACAUAUUCCAGAGUCUUAUCUCACAGCACUUGUUCAAGCCACCUGUAGGAAAAAUGGUUGGCCACUGGAUCGCUCCACCCUGUACACACAAGUGACCCAGUAUGCUACUGCAGAGGAAGUCACCGAACGCUCUGGACAAGGAUGCUUUAUUUCUGGUCUAUAUCUGGAAGGUGCAGACUGGGACAUUGAGAACUGCUGUCUUGCCCGGAGCAAGCCCAAAGUGUUGGUGGUAGAUCUGCCUAUUCUAAAGAUAAUUCCCGUUGAAGCAUAUCGCCUCAAACUACAGAAUACAUUCCGGACACCUGUGUACACAACUUCCACAAGAAGAAAUGCUAUGGGCGUUGGUUUAGUUUUUGAAGCUGAUCUUUCAACCACAAAGCAUAUUUCUCAUUGGGUGCUCCAAGGAGUCUGUCUCACUUUGAACUCUGACUGACACUGCAAACAGCCCAUUUACCAUAUCUGACAUGAACUGGUAGAGAUGCUGAGAACAAUUUAUGAAGUCAAAUUAUGCCAAGAAUCACUGGAUCAAGUUUUUUGGGGCCUGCAUUUUCAAGAGAAUCCUAUUAUUUUUAAACAGGCCUAGAUAUAUUUGCUGCAAAUACUUAUUUUGAAAACUUUCCUACGAUGUUAAGGUUUAGUAAAUACAAAAGUACCAUGUAGUUUGUUAACUUGUAUUUAAUUCUGUCUGGAUGUUUAAUGACAAAUUUUAGCCAUUUAUUUCAAUUUAUAUUUAACUUUUUCUGUACCACUGAAAAAUAAAGAUUUUCGCUGUUUGGUCUAGAGAGUUCUUAAAAUGAAACAAUCUCAUUUACAAAUACUAUGUCUGGUUGGUAAGACUCUAAGCUGUUUUCACUUGUGUGUGUGUCCCCCUCACCCCCACUACUGUCUUUCUGUACAAGAGAUUCUUUUCAUGCUCAAAGAGCAAAAGUCGAUUGUUUGGUCAUGGCCAGAAAUUGGUGUUGGUUUCCAUAUCAUUGUAGUUUCAGGCACAGAUGGGAAUUAGAUUAGCUAGUGCUCUGGAAGUAAUCCAAUGAUCUAGAGGAUAAGAACCUACUUCAAACUUCUCCUAAGAAAUUUUCUUUUAUUAGUUUAGAUCAUGAAUGCAGCAGCAUUUUGAAAUCUUUAUUUGCUCACUUCUGCUUCUUGUGAUUACAGACAAGUCAUACUGUUGCAAGAAUGAAUGUGGCAGCUAACUCCCAGAAAUUUAGGAGUUAAAAGAAUAUGGUUACUCCCAAUAUGCAUUUGAAAUUUUUAUGUUGUAUGUGUAUUAGGGGUUGGGAGAAAGGAAGGAAACAGGCACAGAGCUGGAAUGUUAUUGGCAGAGUUAAAGCAGGAAUAGUGCUUGGGAUCAUAGGAAUCAGAUAGGACAAGUCAAAGAUAAAGGAUGUCAGAAUGAGUAUUGAGUGCCAGCGUGACAGUACCCUAAGGAAAGCCAGGUUCUCUAGCAUUGAUUUCCUGUGGUCACUUAGGGUACGUCUAGACUACAUGCCUCUGUCGCCAGAGGCAUGUAGAUUAGGCUACCAGGCAUAGGAAAAUGAAGCGGCGAUUUAAAUA